GACGAUCAGGAAGGUUCCAGAUCCGCGGCACUGUCCUGUCGACGACUACGUGAUCACCUGCACUGCCGUUAAAUCAUCCUUUGCAAAACACUUGUGCGGGUGCCGUCAUAUAGGUUGGGUCUGGAAGCAUCUCCUCAAACGCUACGUGAGAACCAUCCCUGCUGCACAGUCAUGGCCCAGGCUUCGAGACUGCCCGUUAUGCCUGCUGCUGUUUUCUACAAAAGACGAACGAUUGAAAACCUACCUGGUAUUCACGUUAUAUAUGACACUCCAGUCAGAUUUUGCCAGGGAAUGUUUCCGACAUAUGUGUUUGAUGGCGUCACUGUGUCAUUCCUGCUUUACACUGAAAGAGAUCCAGUCCUGUUUCGCUUGUAUGUUGGGAUGAACCUCGAAAAGUCGCACUUCAUGGAAAUGGGCGUCUUCAACGACGCCGGCUAUACAGGUUAUGGGAACUGUCUCGCUUACAAGACCCAGCCGAAACUCAAGGAAGGCGAAAUAAUAGAAAAGUCAAAUGUGGCGAUCCCUGAGCCCCAUCAAUACGUUUGGGUUGAGUUCUCCUUCUCCGGGACUAAAACGACUCAGUUCUAUUGCAACAGCGCCCUCCUCGGAACGCACUCAAAUCUGGAGAUUGGCUACUUUAAUAGCUACAUGAUCUGGCAAAAUAAGGCCAUCAACAACGUAACAGUCUUGGAGGUUCACGCAACAUACUACCCUUCAGCGUCUUCGACUCUCUUCUCUCCGGGAAAACCGGUCAACGUUACCGAUAAUGGAAACAUCAGAGUAGGAGGACGCCUGGUUGUGGUUGGAAACUUCAAGAGGACUAGUUCCCAGAGUGACGACAUUCAGUUCCAAGUGCAGACACCGAACAAAACCGCCCAGAUUUGCACAAUCAAGAGACCAUCGCAAGACGACAUGACGAUUGUGUUUGAAAGGAGGGCCACUAGAUUGAUCUGUCAGGUGGGAAACAAGGCAGAAUGGAAACUGGAAGACUAUGAGAUGGACACCACGACCGCGAUCUCUCUGGUCCAGAACUUCGAGGUCAGGCUCAUCCGACAGUUCACUGGGAUGAGCAUGAAAAAAGAUUUCGUGAAGUAGGCGUCGCUCUUCGAAGCCUCAAAGCACCAAAGCACGUAAACAUCGCACACAAGGACAUCGCACACACCGUUAUUUGUGUUGUUAAAAUAUUGAAUAAAAUUGAGUUUGAAUAAAAAAUUUUCUGGCAUUA